AUGGAUGUGUCCGAUAAUGGGAUUCAAAAUAUUAAUUUUGAUGGCAUAUUUCCCCAAUGUGUUUAUGAUUUUAUUGUUGCCCAGGAUGCGUAUGUUAAAAUUGGGCAAACACUGGGACUGUCAUUUGUGUGCGAUAAUUUUGGCAAUGCAGUAAAAAAAAAUAAUAAAUCAUCUGAUUUUCUCUUUCCAUGUACUAAUCUUGGUCGCUGCUUAUAUUAUAUAAACCUCAAAAGAAAUAAUGAUAGAUGUUGUAAAUAUUUCAGUUACAAGUUUAAGGAAUUAAUGAAAAAUAAAUAUAAUAAAUGUGUAACUAUUAAGGAUUGUUAUCAAAAAUUGAAAAAUGCAAAAAAGAAUGAAAAAAUGAGCGAUAUACUUGGUAUAUGUGAGGGACAUAUAAUAGAAAUUGAUGAUGAUACAUAUGAAAUUUUUAAUUAUCUGGAAAAAUUAUAUGAAACUGUUUAUAAGGUAACCUCUAAAGGUUAUAGCUGCUGGAGGACGGAAGAGAAUAUGUAUAAAAAAUAUAUGACACAUUUAAAAUCAUGUAAAUAUAAGAAUGAUGCUGAUUUCAGAGAUAUGCUUACAAUGCUUAAUACUAGGUAUAUUGAGAUAUGCUCUAGUCUUGAAAAAAUUGAACUGUUUCCACGGACCCCUGAGGCUAUACCAAGUCAAGCACAGGAAGGAAACCCAGUAAAUACGACAGCCACAGUAGAAUCAGAAAUAGUAGUAAAAGAUAUAAAACAAGCAGAGAAGACAAGCCCACUACGGGGGACAAACUCACAUCAAGCAGUAAUCACAAAAGUAGGGAUUAUAUCAUCAACAGAUACAAGAUUUGUUAUUUUACCUUUUACUAUAUCUAUAAUUGUUUUCAUUUUGUAUAAGUAUACGCGAUGGGGAUCAUUUAUACAAUCAAGGAUGAGGAAGAUAAAGAACAUGUUCAUCAAAAAUGAGAACAAUGAAUAUCGAGAUAUUAUGGAUUCUUUUGAAAAGAAAUACGAUGUUUCAAAAAAUAGAAGACACCAUAUUUCAUAUAUCCCAGAAAACUACUAA